AAAUGGGCAUUACUCGUAUGUAGAUUAAGUUAGUUCCAAUUCAGCAUGACUCAUUGGAAAAUCUAAAAUGUUUAAUACUCAACCUGAUGUUGUUAAUUAUAAAAAAGAAAUGAAGAUAAGAUUUCGAUUGUUUUCAGUGAUGAGUCAUAAAAGUCGCAUGAAACUUGGAAAUUAGCUCAAAUUGAAAAGCACUCAAAUAUUUCCCCACUCAAAUGUGGUAUGCUCUCACACAGUUUUUGGGGAAAACUCACUCGGUCGCUUUUCCAAUUGAAUGAGCGUCGCGCAUUUGGGAAAUUUGUUCAUAUGAUAGAUCAAUGGGCCCGGCUGGCUGAUAGGAGUGUUUAUGGUGAUGGUGGUGGUGGUGGUUGGUUGAUGUUUUCAGUUCUGUUCUGUUCUGGUUUGGGUUUUUGGGUUCACAGCGUAUUUUUCGGCAACUCACCCACCAGUCUCCGGUGCACCAUCAAACGUAGAGCUUCGCGUGCGGCAAUGUGAACUCUGCCUUCCAAUUGGAAUCGCCUCCGUUGCCUUCUUCAGCUGUGCGUGUGUGUGCGAGUGUGUGAGUGUGAAUUGUGAAUUGUGGGUGGUGUGCGUUGGUGUUGGAGCUCUAAGAUGACCGAUUUCUCAAUGAACGAUAUCCUAAGAUCAUUUAGAAAAAUGCGCAUGAAUAAGGCAUUGGGCCAAGCCAAUCAACAGCGAGUCCAACAACAGCAGCAACAACAACACCAUCAGGUGUUGCGCUACCAACACCUGACCAUGCAUCAGUCCCUCAAGGAUUUGAAGAAAAUUAUCAAGAUUUUGAAAAAGAAUGUCAUCAAGUCCAAGAUUACGCGAAAAAUGAAUAUUGUGGUCUAAAAAACAGUUGAAAAUUCGACGAAAAUAAAAAUGAAUUAAGUGAAUUAUUAUAAUAUUAAGUAUUUAAAAUAUAGAAACUUCCGUAUAUAACUUAAGACUGUCGCUACAAAAUUAAAAAAAAAACAACUCGGGACUGAUUUACAAAUAUUUGCAACAGUACAAAAUAGUCUGAACUUUGGACUUGAAUUAUUAAUCAACUUAUACUAACUAUAUAUAGUGGCAUUAUUCAGAAGAUCUCUAAAAACUAUAAAAAUAAGAAAUACUGCGAAAAAAAUAAAGACUAAAGAAUGGACUGCGCAUAAACGGAAAAAACCUAGACUGCAAAAAAAAGGAAAUAAAAAAUCAAACUUUUAUACCUCUCCCUUUGGAAUUUUAACAAAAUAUUGUAAUCACAAUGACUGAGUCCCAUAACGGGAAAAAGACUUGGUCAGCCAAGCAAAAUUGGAUUAAGGAUACGCUUACGAAACCGGGUACGGAAUUGAUGGAUAUAUCCAAAGUCAAAGCCGGAGCGAAAGCUAUGC